AUGCUAUCUCUCCUUAGGAGUUCUAAACGGAUACAGCGUACGCAGCAAAUAGCUCAGAUAUCCCUACUUUGCCGUGACACUCUUUGUGACGUUGCUGCUUCCGCCGGUGGGGACUCAUCUCGUAUCGUAACUAUCGAGAAGCUCGAAGGAGGUUUUAGCAAGGCUCUUCUAAUGAAAAAGGGAAAUGGAAAGGAAGUCAUUGCGAAGCUUCCCUGUCGCAUCGCUGGACCAACCUCCCUUACAACAGCAUGUGAGGUAGGCGUCUUAGAAUAUGUGAGAAAAUAUACGAGUAUUCCUGCCCCACGGGUCUUUUCCUGGUCCUCAGACGAUUCAAAUCCUGUGGGUGCCGAAUAUAUUAUCAUGGAGAAGGUCGCAGGAGUUCCAUUGUUUGAGCAAUGGGGGAAAAUGGCAGAAAUUGAAAAACUGGAGCUUAUUAAAAAUCUAACCAAGCUCGAGGCUCAGCUUGCGGCUAUUCGCUUCCCUGCGUAUGGUGGAUUGUAUCGUCAAGCAGAUGUGAGCAGUUUACAGUGCCAAGAACUUAACGGGAGCAUAUGUAUUGGUCCCUCUUGUGGUCGCUCGUUUAGCACCGACUCAGCUGCGGUCUUAUCCACUCAAAGUGAGAAACUUGAUUAUGGGCCUUUGACCUUCAUAUGGGCAAUAUUUUUGUUGCGCCUGGCGAGAACUCAAAAGAUAGUAUCGCUAAUUGAUUUCCAAUCUUUGUCAGUCCUUCCGCUUUUUCUUCAAGCCCAGUGGCCUGUCUUUCUAAAGCCUCCGCAAAAUUACACUAAAGGGCUUGUGCAACCUAAACUCCCUGGUGAUUUCGAUGAAUUAGACGAAGAAGGUAAAGCUGCUGCUUUACAAGAAUGGUCCCAGUCCAAGCUAGCCAAAGCAUACGAAGUUGCCACAGUCCUUGAAAAUGGAGUUGCACAUAACGCCAUGAAUAUACCCCGUGUUUUUCGAGAACUCUUCAUCCGCUGUGGAGAAGUCUCUGAAGUUGGCGUUGUUCCACUCCGGGAAUGCUUGAUAGAGAUUUUCCGCAACUGGUCAAGUUUGGGCUUCACUGGACAAUGUCCUUAUUCAUUCAGCAAUGAAGAGAUCACCACACACGAGCAUCAAUUUGCUGAAUACCAAGCCUGGGACGAGGUCCAACAACUCGCUCAGGAAUGCCUGGAUACCGAUGCUGAAGGCUGGAUCGCUCCACAGCUCGAUAUUGAAGAGAAGCGGAGGCAAAACAGGGAGCUUCUAUCUUUGUACAUCAAGCGAAUGGCUGGAGAAAAAUCCCCCGACGAAGCAAGAGCGAUGUGGCCUUUCCCGGGAUGA